AUGUCUCUUCUGCAUGGCUUCACGACCUGGCUCGUCCGUCUGGCGAUCCCGCUGGUCCUUGCCUACUUUGUCCUCACGCGACCCCGGAUCCGGCGGGAUGGCAAGCCAUUGAGAAAACCACCCAACACACUACCACUGGUGGGGAAUGGCUUGCUAUUCAUUCAAGCACGCCACAAGCUCUUCUCUUGGUUCGUCAAGUGUGAGCGCCAGUUUGGGAGGGAGACGUUCCAGAUCACGGUGCCGACGUUGCCGCCGGGUAUCGUCAUCAAUGAUCCUCGGAAUGUCGAGUACGUCUUCAAGAACGAGGGCAUCUUCAGCAAGGGCGACUUUGUCAAGGGGAUGCUGUGGGACCUGUUUGGCUACGGCAUCAUCAAUGCAGAUGGCGAGAUCUGGCAGAUACAACGAAAGGCUGGCAAGGACUUUUUAAAUGUUCCUAACCUCAGGGUCCUCACCGACACAGCACUUCCAAAGUAUCUCUCUGCCAGUGUAGACUUUCUCAAGGACGAAAAGGACGAUGCCGUGGUAGACCUCCAAGUGGUGUUUCAUGAGAUAACGUCGCUUCUCAUGGGCAAGAUGGCAUACAAUAUGGAGAUGCACGCGGACGAUGCAUUCACAAAAGCAUUUGACGAGGCUUCCGGUGCCUCCACUGAGCGUUUUCAGAACCCCUUAUGGUUCAUUACCGAAGUCUUUACUGGCGCCAACUUUCGCAAGCAAUUAGCUAUCGUCAAGGACUUUGGCAACCGCAUCGUUGCUAGCGCGGUGGAGGAUCGCAAGGCCGGCAAGUGCCACGCCUUUGCGUCAGGGGAGGGAGAAGACAGCAAGCUUGAUGAGGUGUCGGGAAGUCUCAUCCAGUCACUGCUAGACACUGUGCCCGACCAGAACAUGGUUGCCGACGCGGCUUUGAACUACCUGUCUGCCGGCCGGGACACUGUGGCUCAAGCGCUGACAUGGACUUUCUACCGGCUGAUGAGGGAGCCUGCCGUGGUAGAGAAGCUCAGGAAGGAAGCGGAGCAGGUCAUCGCUGCAGCUGACUCCCCACCCUCCUCGGGGCUCAACUCGACCAUUUUCAACUCGACCAACAUGCCCUACACCAUGGCAACCUUUUACGAGGCCCUCCGCCUCUACCCUCCCAUCCCCUUCGAGAUCCGCCAGGCCGAGCGGGACACCACCCUCCCGGACGGCACGUUCCUCCCCAAGACGUCCAUCAUCGUCUGGUCCCUGUGGGCCAUGGGCCGGUCGCAAUCGACCUGGGGCUCCGAUGCGGACGACUUCAAGCCCGAGCGGUGGCUCGACGGCAACGACCGGCUGAUCCAGCGGGGCUCCGGCGAGUUCCCCGUGUUCAACGGCGGGCCGCGCAUGUGCCUCGGCAAGAAGAUGGCCGAGGUGAUCGCCGUGCAGUGCAUCGCCAGCCUGGUGUGGAUGUUUGACUUUGCGCCCGUCGACGACAGGGAGAGGGUGACCAAGACGAGCCUUACGCUGCCCAUGGAGGGCGGUCUGCCUUGCUAUGCGCGGAAUAGAGCUGGGGGGUUGGUCGUCAGUGCGUAA